AUGUCAGAUUAUAACAACAAGACUUUUUUCUUCUUAACAGGCCUUCCAGGCCUUGAAGCUGCGUAUGUCUGGCUCUCUAUCCCGCUGUGUGCCAUGUAUAUGGCAUCCUUUGCAGGAAACAGCCUAAUCCUGUGGGUGGUGAAGUCAGAACCUUCCCUGCACCAGCCCAUGUACUAUUUCCUGUCCAUGCUGGCAGUGACAGACUUGGGUCUGUCUGCUUCCACGAUGCCCACCAUGCUCACCAUCUACAUUUUGGGUCUCACAGAGGUGGCAGUGGAUAUGUGCCUGGCACAACUCUUUUUCAUCCACACAUUUUCCAUCAUGGAGUCUUCCGUGCUCCUGACGAUGGCCUUUGACCGUUUUGUGGCCAUCAGUAACCCUCUACGAUACAGCACCAUCCUCACAAAUCCCCGGAUUGCCAGUUUGGGCCUAGCCAUUGUAGUGCGCAGUAUUGGCCUCCAUAUUCCAGCUCCAAUCAUGCUAAAGAAGCUGCUCUACUGUCAGAAUCAUCAACUCUCUCACUCUUACUGCUUGCACCCAGACGUCAUGAAGCUGGCCUGUGCCGACACCCACAUCAACAGUGCCUAUGGUCUCUUCGUGGUGCUCUCUACCCUGGGGCUGGACUCAGUGCUCAUCGUCCUCUCCUAUGGUUUGAUCCUCUGCACAGUGCUGUCCAUUGCCUCCAAGACUGAGCGCCUCAAAGCCCUUAAUACAUGUGUCUCCCACAUCUGUGCUGUGCUGCUUUUCUACACACCUAUGAUUGGUCUGUCCAUGAUCCAUCGAUUUUGGAAGCAGGCUUCCCCAUGUAGCCGUGUGCUGCUCUCUUAUCUUCAUUUUCUUACACCUCCAGUACUCAAUCCAGUUGUUUACACCAUCAAGACCAAGCAAAUCCGAUUGAGGAUGCUCCGUCUCUUCAGGUUGCAUAGGGGUGGCAUAAGAGAUAGCCAGGGUCAUUAA